UUCGCAACACGUGUGGUUAAACCAAUUUUGUGAAAUUUCAGAACUUAGACCGAUUUGUGAAACUUUAUGCAUAUCUUAAAAAGCUCAUUGGCUAUAAAUACGUUUCUCAACUAAUACGGUUAAGUGAUUGUGCCGAAGAUGGACAAAGACGACACGCACAAGUACAGCGACGCCGAGGAGGACGCCGAAGACCUGCAGAAUUCCGAGUGGGUCAACGAUUUCAAAACCCUCACAGUGAAGCAUGAAAUCUUUAAAGACAUCAAGCUUACGCCAAAGGAAGCCAACGAUGACCUGGAAUUGGUAAUAGAACCCACCAAUGAAGAGGAUGAAGACGAGGAUGGGCCUGAGAAUGAAGAGGACUACGAUGAAGAUGAUUACGAAGUUGGCGACGACUACGACACCUACGAGGAGGCCUACACGGGGUUUAAUAAGCUCCACGUCCAGUCACAGCUGACACACGCUAGUGGAGGAGGCAGUUCCGGCGGUGGCGGUGGAGGAGGUUCUGGUGGCACACAACGCGUCAGCAGCUAUCAGCCCAAUGAGAAGGUACUGAGACGGUACUCCGCCCGCAUCAACGUGGAAAAAUACGAUCCCACCACCAAUAUGAGCGCGCAGGCGGCCAACCGGCUGGUUAACUUCGAUAGGCGAGAGCGGACGCAGGUUCGGGACAAACACGACCGAGCGACGGCCGAGCAGGUGAUGGAUCCCCGAACCCGAAUGAUUCUCUUCAAGCUGCUGAAUCGAGGCCUCAUACAGGAAAUCAACGGCUGCAUUUCCACCGGCAAAGAGGCAAACGUAUACCACGCAGUGUCCAAGGACGGAGGCGAUGAGUAUGCCAUCAAGAUCUACAAGACGUCCAUACUGGUGUUCAAGGACCGCGACAAGUAUGUAUCUGGCGAGUUCCGCUUCCGUCACGGUUACUGCAAGCACAAUCCUCGAAAAAUGGUGCGCACCUGGGCCGAGAAGGAGAUGCGCAACUAUCUGCGCAUGCGUAACGCUGGAGUUCCAGUUCCAGAGCCAAUCCUACUUCGUUCCCAUGUUCUGGUCAUGCGAUUCUGUGGCCGCGACGGCUGGCCCGCUCCCAAACUCAAGGACGUCGAGCUGAGCACGUCCAAGGCGCGUGAGCUUUACCGCGACUGCGUGGUCAUUAUGUGGCGUAUAUACAACCAGUGCCGCCUCGUCCAUGCCGAUCUCUCCGAGUUCAACAUCCUGCUGCAGGACGGACAGCUAGUGAUCAUCGAUGUCAGCCAGGCCGUGGAGCACGAUCAUCCGCAUUCGUUUGACUUUCUGCGCAAGGACUGCACCAACAUCUCGGAGUUCUUCCGCAAGCGGGCCGUGGCCACCAUGACUGUGAAGGAACUGUUCGACUUCAUCACCGACCAGACCAUCAACGAGAACAACAUGGAGGAGUGUCUGGAGCGCAUAGCGGAGCGUAUCAAGGACCGGGACUUUGACGCCAUAACCGCACAGGAGAAAAUCGACGAAGCCGUGUGGCAGAACACCUACAUUCCCAAGCGAUUGGACGAGGUUCGACACUUUGAGCGUGAUGUUGCCAAGGCCAAGGAGGGUGUCCAGCAAAAUCUCAUCUACGGAAAGAUUACGGGCCUGAAUGCGGAUCUGGAUGUGCAGCAGCAGCCUGACAUUUUGGAAUCCAAGUCUCAGAACCAACAAGAUGAACCUCAUACGGAAGGCAGCGAUGAAGACGCGGACUCACAGGAAAAUGAGGACGACGACGAUGAUGGCACUCGCUUUAAGAACUCCGCCCGACCACGCGAUGAGUCGCCGGAAAGCAAAAAAGCUCGUAAAAAAGCCGUAAAGGAAGCAAAGGCCGAGCAGCGCAAGGUCAAGGUGAAAAAGCAUGUAAAGAAGCGCAAAGAGAAAUUGGGCAGCAUGAAAAAGUAGAAGUUAAGUUCCUGCUCCUGCCUUCAAUUCUAACUAGCGUUAAUUACCUUUUACAAUUUUAAAAUUGUUCUAAGCUAAAAGUUAAU